UUCGCCCCAAGUCGGUUUCAGCUCGACCAAGCUGGCUGUUGUUAAAUUUCUAUUGUUUUUGCCUGUGAAACCGAAACCCAAUGCUCAAGAGUUAAUUGACAGACGCCGCCUUGGCAACUGAUGUGGAAAUAUAAUGCGUUCAAAAGUGUUUUCUAUAAGAAUAUCUCAUAUCACGUGCAACCGGUGGCCUCUCCUUAUCGCUGGUGUAAAGUGAACCCCCCCUCUCGGCACAGAGCCACUCCUGGUCCCAAUCUCUCCUACUCUAUUGUCUGUUGAUAAGCUUGUCCUACUGCGGACGAAGUUGGAAAGGGGGAGACUAACACUACAAGUAUGCGCCGCUUUGAGCGACACAAAUGUGGAUCCCAUUGAUCACAUCUGGCCCUGAUUCGCUGCUCCUCGCUUGAGUUGCUUAUCUGGUCAGCUGUUUGCAGUGCUUAUGGCCAAGAGCUCUAGCCGGUGAAAACAUAAUCAGAAGAGUCUCCUCGCGAAAAACCACUGCUGAAACAGAAAACAAAGAUAUGUCAUGGUGCUACAGAACCACAAUACAGUUGUGGCCCGUUCUACACUGACGCCGAACAGCAGCAACCAUAACUUUGGUUCUCACUCAGGGAUGGGCCGAGCUCCGCUCAACGCCGGACCUAGCACACAGCGUCCGAUAGUUGAUCUAUUGGUGGCCAUGGUGGCAGUGCCCGUACUGAUUCUGUGCGCCCUGCAGUUGGAGAAGAAUUUGCGCGACAACAGCGUCGAGUCGCGCUGGCUGGUCUUUGCGCUGGGCAUUGGAAUGCUGGUGAUUAGCGUGAUUAUCUGCGGCUAUGUCACGCACCGUAUGGGCGUCUGCAUCUGGGCAGGGCCCAUAGACGAGGCCGGCAAUCGACCAACCAACGGAGCAAUGUCGCACAUCAACUCCCAAAACGAUGUGCUGCGCAUUGUGGACUCACUGCCUCCAAGCUAUGAAAGCGUGUUGAAAUUCGAGCUGCCGCCACCGUCCUAUGACUGCCUGGUGAUCGAUAUUGAUCUGGAACAGAGCAAGGAUAUGGAGCCGCCGCAGACAUCGUCCAAGUCGAGUGCCAGCCGAUCUAUAUCCUCGACGGAAGCCAUUCUACACAUAUAGGACGCGGACUAUUGCGGAGGAGGAGAGAGAAUAAAGAGAUUUUCCCCAACAGGCAGCGCAGCGGACUACUAUAUUUGACCUAUUUUGACCCACUGACGGAUCACACCCAAAUGUUGCCUCAACGUGCGACACAUCAAUAAUGAAUUGAUCUAUCUGUAUACACCUACCGGCUGGCUUAGUUAUAGCCUUAUAUAAUUGUGGCUUUGUAUUUACUUCGGUUCUAACCACCUAGUAUUUUUAAUUUGUAGAGCAUUCGAUGCAUUCAAACCUCCUCAUUUUUCGAUCUUCUCGGUAUUCGCAUUGUAAAUAUAUACAUAUAUUCCUUCACAAAACCACAGCAUCUAGUCCAAAGUUGUACAUAGCCUGAAACGAUAACAGAACAGAACCACUCUCAAUGCUUACACCUUGAAUUUACCAAAGUACCGUGGUGUUUUACCCACGUACAUACAUGCAUACAUACCUGCUGACACAUGCAUAUGUAUAUUUGCACGAGGGCACACUUGCAUACGUACAUACGUACACUUACUGAAUGCCAAGAAAGGGCGGAAAUUAAAUUACAGGGUAGUUGCCUAGUACUUACUUACUUACCUACUUAUAGUCCCUAGCUAAACACUGUAUAUAAUAUUAUGUAAGCUAAGAUUGCAUAUUGCAUCCUUAUAACAAGAUGGAAAUUUAACGAAACCAUUUUCGAGGAACGAUUAGUGUUGCUUUCCAGAAAUAAAGAAUUCCUAUUAAAUUUAUUGAAAGAC